AUGGGCCGACCACUUCCGAGGCGUCCCCAACCAUCGCUUCCCAAACUCCAACGCCGCUAUCGCCCGUCUGCCGCAAGUAGAGACCAAGUCGACCUCGGUCGCCCGCCAUCGCUCUACGAGACCAUCAGAGCCAAGCAGAAGCACUCCAGCAGAAAAGCGCCCCGAUCGGACGCGAUCCCUACUGAGAUCUACAAACGCGGUUGCCCACAACUCAUGGAUCAUCUGACGGCGCCCUUCCAGGUGGUUUGGCAUCAUAAAAAAUUCCCGCAUGAUUUCCAGGACGUCACAAUCGUCCAUCCCUAUAAACAGAAAGGUAAUCGUCAGUUCUACGACAACUAUCGAGGCAUAUCCUUGUUGCAUAUCGCUGGGGAAAUCUUCGCUCCGCAUUAUUUCCAACCGCCUGAACAACCAUCUGGAACGAGGUCUCCUGUCGGAAGGCCAGUGCGGCAUCAUCCAUUGUCGCGCGACCACGGACAUGAGCUUUGUCGCCCGUCAACCACAGGAGAAGUGUCAAAAGAUGCGGACCCACACGUAUUCUACGUUCGUGGAUCUGACGAAAGCCUUCGACACGGUGAAUCACGAAGGACUGUAGAAAAUCAUGCAAAAAUUCGGCUGUCCCGAACGUUUCACUCAGAUGAUGCGCCAGUUCCACGACGGCAUGAUGGCGCGAGUCACGGACAACGGAGCUGUCUCAAGGCAUUCGCAGUGACCAACGGAGUGAAGCAGGGCUGCGUUCUCGCGCCCACUCUCUUCAAUUUUAUGUUCUCUGCCAUUCUGAUGGACGUCUGUCGUGACGAACGCCCUGGGAUCCUCAUCGCUUACAGGACGGACGGCGAACUUCUUUACCACUGGCGGAUGGACUUCCAGUCUCGGGUAUCCACAAAGAUCGUACAUGAACUUCUCUUCGCCGACGACUGCGCCCUAAACACCACAAUGGAAGGGAACAUGCAAAGUAGCAUGGAUUCCUUCGCCGCGGCCUGCGACAUCUUCGGCCUGGUCAUCUACACUGAGAAGACUGUGGUCAUGAAUCAACCGCCACCCAAAGCCGCCUACGUCGCACCCCAACUCAACGUGAACUGUACCCAACUGCAAGUCGCGGACAACUUCUGCUACCUGGGCAGCACCCUUUCAUGCACCAACAGACCGACGAUGAAGUGA